GUAAUUUUUUACCAAACGCAAACACUGAAGCAGCAAAGCACAUAAUACCGAAAUUCUUUAAUCUUUACCAUUGCCUAUUUGCUCCUAUUCGAAUAUUAAUUUGAUUUGUGCUUGUGAUCAUUUUCCUUCUCGGAAAGCAUUUAAUUGGAUAACUACAUUCGCCAAAUUGAACCAUGUCUGCUGGAGCUGUAGUACAAAAAAUAGCAAAACCACAAUUACGUGGACUUUACGAUAAGAAAACCAAGUUCCACCUUGUGUUUAGUGUUGUUUUAUCUAUUGGAGUUGGUUUGGCAUACAAAUAUGGCAUUGGUGAACCUCGUAAGAAGGCUUACGCAGAAUUUUACAAACACUAUGAUGCCGAAAAGGAUUUUGAAAGAAUGAGGAAAUUAGGACUUUUCUCAUCUUGCCCUGUUGAUGAUUAAAAAUUAAAAUAACCUAUGUCAUAAUGUAACUAACUAGUUGUUCUAUGUAAAUUUUUUUGAUCAGAAGUCAAUGAAUACAUUUUUGUAUUGAUAAAAUAUAAUUAAUUAUUAUGUGCUA